AUGGCGCCUCAGCGCCCCAUAAGCUUUCUUUGCCAUCUUCGUCUCCGAGGCACAGCAUCUCGAAUGCCGCGGCGAAACCUCUCCUCUCCUCCACGAUCAGCCUCUUCAAGCUCCAAAGAUUCCCAAUCUCGUCUGCGCCAAUUGAAUGACCGCCUGCCCCGCUUCCUCCGCACAUACACUGCGCCUUUGCUCGGAGCGCCAAUGACCCAUAUCACAUCCUUUUUAAUCCUCCACGAGCUCACCGCUGUGCUGCCAUUGUUCGGACUGGUAGGCGCGUUUCACUAUGGAAAUUGGAUGCCAGAUCUGACCUCCGGUACCGGGGAGAAAAAUGCUUUUGACGAAGGGGCUGCGCGAUUCGGGCGCUGGUUGAAGAAAAAAGGCUGGGUCGAUGAGUCGGACGUGAGCACAGUCGCAGAUCAUGAAGCCACUGGGUUGGCGCCACGCGAAAAACAGCGGGCAGGCGUGAGAUUAGUGCUCGAGUUCGCUACAGCUUAUGCGAUUACAAAGGCUUUACUGCCCUUUCGUCUGGCUGCGAGUGCAUGGGCGACGCCCUGGUUUGCGCGGACAGUCCUCGCCCCGACAACUCCUCUGGCCAGGAGGCUAGUGAGGAAAAGCUAG